AUGUGCUGGAUAUCGCCUAUACCAGAAAAAGUAGAUAAGGUAAUGACCAAAAAAGUUGAUUUUGACAAGUGUCUCCGUGAAAUAGACACUAUUGUACAAAACAAUGGCUUUACGACAUUUAAUCGAUUUGACUUGUGGUCUCGUCGAAAGAACCUUGUGAUUAGUUCACAUGGUAACUUUUCAUUACAUGGAAUUCGUGAAAUUAACGAUUGGUUUGCAAGAACUCUAGCAUCGUCUUUAGGUCGUCUCAUUCCACCAGCAAUACCUAUGCGGCCAGCGCCAAUAAGUGGUGCUUAUGAAGAUCAGACGCCAUUUACUGGCAAAUGGCCUGCCAAUGAUCGUCAGCGUCCUCGUUCUUAUAGACGACAAUAG